AACAUUAAGCGGAGCAGACCAAAAUCCCAAACAAGGAAAUGGUGGGGGAAUAAAACGACCAGAUUAUUUAAUUAAUGCAUGUUAUAAUUAAUAUUUUAUUUUAUUGUAAAUUAAGGCGUAUUUAUGGGUUAAAAUGGAUUACGACUUCAAAACAAAGCUGGCGGCGGAGAGAGAGAGAGUAGAAGAUCUGUUCGAAUAUGAAGGUUGCAAAGUGGGUCGAGGCACCUACGGGCACGUUUAUAAAGCUAAGCGCAAAGACGGGAAAGAUGAGAAGGAGUAUGCACUGAAACAAAUAGAAGGCACUGGAAUAUCAAUGUCUGCCUGCAGGGAAAUUGCUCUGUUACGAGAACUGAAACACCCAAAUGUGAUCGCCCUCCAGAAAGUGUUCCUGUCCCACAGUGACAGAAAGGUCUGGCUCCUCUUUGACUACGCCGAACACGACUUGUGGCACAUCAUCAAGUUCCACCGCGCCUCCAAGGCCAAUAAGAAGCCUAUGCAGCUGCCCCGAGGGAUGGUGAAGUCUCUCUUGUAUCAGAUCCUGGAUGGGAUCCAUUACCUCCAUGCCAACUGGGUGCUCCACAGGGAUCUGAAACCAGCUAACAUCCUGGUGAUGGGGGAAGGCCCCGAACGAGGAAGAGUUAAAAUUGCUGACAUGGGUUUCGCCAGACUCUUCAACUCUCCGCUGAAGCCGCUGGCGGACCUUGACCCCGUGGUAGUGACGUUCUGGUACAGGGCCCCGGAGCUGCUGCUGGGGGCCCGGCACUACACCAAAGCUAUUGACAUCUGGGCGAUUGGCUGCAUCUUUGCGGAGCUGCUAACAUCGGAGCCCAUCUUUCACUGUCGCCAGGAAGACAUCAAGACCAGUAACCCAUUCCAUCACGACCAGCUGGACAGGAUAUUUAGUGUCAUGGGUUUCCCUGCAGAUAAAGACUGGGAAGACAUCAGGAAGAUGCCAGAGUACCCCACACUGCAAAAAGACUUCAGGAGGACGACGUAUGCAAACAGCAGCUUAAUCAAAUACAUGGAGAAGCAUAAAGUGAAACCAGACAGCAAGGUGUUCUUGUUGCUCCAAAAGCUCCUCACAAUGGACCCGACUAAAAGAAUCACAUCAGAGCAGGCGCUGCAGGACCCGUACUUCCUAGAGGACCCAUUACCAACCACUGAUGUGUUUGCUGGCUGUCAGAUCCCCUACCCCAAACGAGAAUUUCUUAAUGAAGACGAGCCAGAGGAGAAAACAGAAAAGAACCAGACCCAGCAGCACCAGCAGACAACUGGCCAGGCUCAGGCCCAGAACCAGCAGCAGACAGCAGCCCAGCAGGCCCCCUCCCAGCAGAGCUCUGCUCAAACCAACGGCACCGCCGGAGCCACGGGGGCCACCACUGCAGCGCUACAGCACGGUCAGGACCAGGGGCCACCCAACAAGAAACCUCGGAUCGGACCCUCUGGGGCCUCCUCAGGCACUGGGGUGCUACAGUCAGAUUACCAGCACUCUGGCUCCCGCCUUGGUUACCAAAGCAAUGUCCAAGGUUCCACUCAACCCCAGAGCACCAUGGGAUACUCAUCAUCAACCCAGCAGAGCUCCCAGUACUCCCACCAGACCCACCGUUACUGAGGAUCCUUGUCACUCCCUAACCAGCAGAGGAGUCAAGCUCCUCCUUGUCUUCAGCCAACCCUCAACAACCUCAGCUCCACGGCUUCUGUGUCCCGGUUGGACCCUUGUCCCUUCAUUACAUCAUUCCAACUCCAGUCAUCCUUCUUUUCAAACUGCCCUCACCUUUGACCUUUCGCCCGACAGCCUUCAGCGGCACUGUAACACGAAGGCUGAUGAACAUAGGAACCAAACGAAAUCCAAUGAGAAAACAAAUUCUGCCUCAUCGGCGCGUUGAAACACUUUUAAAUCGACUGGGGAAAAAAAAGGUGUAAGAUAGAUGUCAAGGCGUCUCACACACAGACUCAGAACCGUGGCACUUACAAACACAACGUUCCUCACCAGGAAGAAUCGCAGCUGUGUUCAAGUAUAUUAUAUAGCACCUUUUUCUAUUUGCGUUUUUUUCUCCUGCUCGUUUGCUAGACUUUUCAAGUUUAACUUGAUAGUUGAUGUCAUUAUAAAUAUUGUUACAUACAGAAGCGAUCAGAUGUGAGGCAACUUAAAAGGAAAAGCCCUUUACUGUCAUCUCUAGUGUAUAAUUAUCACGGAUAAUCAAAUGACGAUAAGCUAAAGUUUGAGCUAAACCCAACCUUUUAAGAAAAAAGUUUCUACAAAGAAAAAAAAACUCAGCUUUUAAGCUGAUGUCAUUGCAGGGAAAUAUAAAAACAAUUAACUUAAAUCUUGAUAUUAUAGGGUUUCUAUAUUUAGAAGUGUUUAUCUAGAUUUGGAUUUGGAAUGUAAGAAAAGCAGUUGUCUUUUUACAGCUUCUGUAUAAUGUGAUCACGCCAUCACUUUUAGAAGUAAGAACCAUUUAACAGCUGAGCUUUGCUUUCUGUGAUGGCAGCGUCUUCGGGAGGUUUUGACACCUCUUGUUGGUGGCCGGCAGCUCCGGAGUGCGUUCUUGUUCGCUGGUUUUCACUUUGCUGUGACACCUGUGUUAUUUUGGACCCUUGAAACAUUUAAGGUUUCUGAAGAUGCGCAUAAUCGUACAGGGCAGCUAAACAGUACGCUUCCCCCCCUCCGACAUAUGCUUCUUGAGACUGUUACUGCCUGAUGUCAGAUUGUUUUUUUUUAAGGCUUUUAUUGUUAUCUCUGUUGUCCCGUGGGCGUGUAUGAGCGUGUGCACGUGUGUGUGUGUGUGUACAGUAUGUUUUUUAUGCAUGUUGUUUAUCCUUUUACUUACUAGAACUGCACUGACCACUGAACCGAUCUGCAAAGAGCUGGAACAAAUGUGAGGCUCGCCCUCUUCCACUUCACCCUUGCGGUGCCACACUGAGUAUGCAGGUAGAGACUGGGGUACAUUCAAAGACAAUGGGUGCUUUCUUUAGUACAUGCAUGGAGGUAUGAGCAACUUAUUUACAUUUUUAUAUCCAGUGUAUACAACCCGUUGUAUGUCUGAGUUCAUUUUGAAUUAAUGAAUCAACUUGUGAGAAAAGUGAAAUGAAGGACAUUUAAUAAGUGCUACAAUUGAAGAAGCUGUGAGGGAAACACUCUAGUUUCUCGCUGAGACUUAAAUGACCAGGUUGAUAUGCUCACUCCCACCCUCUGUGUUCUGACUAGUAGUUCUCUAGUCAGAGCACAGUGUUGAAUAUAGUAUAUAUGUCAAUUAAAUAAGUUUUGUAGUGUAUAACACUCCCAGGGUUGCCGUACUCCUGUUCCCUGUGCAGGAAUUGCCUUUUUUUUAAUAUCGUUAUGAACAAGGGACAGCAAAACUGUUGGGUCAAAUAUGAAUGUCAAUCUCAAUGGAGCCUGUGUCUGUACUGAGACACCCUCCGGUCAUUUGGGACCCCUUCACCCAAGUUCUGACUGGUGUUUUUGACAACGCUUUUCAUCCUAGUCAAAUCAAUGUAUGUUGCUCUGUGCAACCUGAGUCUAUCAUGUGGGUGGUACCAAGCCAAGUUGUGAGACAUGAAUGCCUUUCAGUGCUAGAAAUUCAGCAAAAUUGUUCUUCCGAAAUGUAGAAAGUGAAAAAGUCACAAUAAAUGUCACAAUAAAUGUAUUACAUUGUUAGUAGCGCAACCUGCCAACUACUAUUAUUACCACUAUAUUACUAUUAUAAUCAAUAUAAUUCUCAACAUUGCCUGUAUCUUUAGUGUAGAGCGAUUCCUGGUAGCUAAUUAGCUUAGCCUAGCAUAAAUCCUGGAAACACUAAAGGAGCUAGCAUGGGGCUAUUAGAGGAUAACAGCUUUUCUUAAGCUCAUGGGUUUUGUUUUUUUAAAGCUAAUGAUGUUAUAUGUGGACAUUUUAAUACGUUUACUAUUUAUUUUUUUAAACUACUACUUCUUAGAACAACUUAUCUGUAUGACACUUUAAACUUCAGUGUUUUGUGUAGGUCAAACUAGUGAUGUAUAACAUGCUAACUUAUGAGCUAAAAUGUGCUUGUAGCCUGUAAUAAAUAAAUACAAUAAUACUAAUAACAAAAAUAAAAUAAAAAAAGAUCCAGGCUAGUUGUUUCCCCCUAUUUCCAGUUUUUAUGCUAAGCUAAACUGAUGGGCUGGUAGUAACAUUUUUAAAUUUUGCUGCAGACAUGAGUGUGAUAUCAGUGUUUUUAUCUAACUCUUGGUAAUGAGCAAAACAUAAUGGCUGCAUUACCACAAAUCUGUUUUUCUUCCUUAAGCACAAAGUCUUCUUUUUCAAGUAAUACUUCAUUACAUUUCAGAAGAUCAUAUUGAUCAUAUCUUAUUUUUUUAAACACAAACCAAUUUGUCUUCAGUAUUUUUGAAAAUCAGAUUUUUUUAAUAUGGGGAUUUUCCUUUUCAGAAUUUCUUUCAGAUGUUUACAGAAAAGUUAUUAGGGAUCUGUUCACAUACAAAAUUGUCUUUGAGGCUGUUUUUCACUGUUAGAAGUGUGGCAAUGCGCAGCAUGGACUAGUUAAAAUUAUUAUGCAGAUUAUUAUCUGCACCACAAUAUAUUGUUAAAAAAGAAAAAAAAAUGCUACCUACACAGUAUGUAACACUAUGAACUAGUUCACACGGUAUGUUUACCUUUGAUACUUACAGUAAACUUUGCUAAAAUCAUUUCUAGUAUUAAUUUUACGGGUUAUAAUACUAACAAUACAACAGUAAGAGCAAGUCUUCUCUUUUCAUAUCCUCCUGACAACUUGCUCCAUCAUGAAUGACCACCCUGCAUGCUGUGUUAAAGAAUGCACCCAGUUAUUUGACUAACUGCAUUUGCCCCCAUACAGAGGAAAAGAGACAUUGUGUUUAUUGCACGUGUGACCUGCAGUUUGAUUAGGAAACACUGACACCUUGUGGCUGGAAAGAGAACUGGACCUCUGUCCUUAUCAAAGCUGUAAUAGUACAAAUAGAUAAUGGUGUUAGGGAUUUUUUUUAUUAAUCAGAACAUGCAAGAUAUGUGUGUAUAAUGAAAAUAAUUGUAUUUCUGUGUCCAGUUAUGGUUCACUGAUGCUUAAAAGUACCCACCCGCGUUACAUUAGUAACAUCAUUAGAAUUUUACCACUGAAUAGAACUUUUUUAAGGCUUUAUGUUUCAUGCAUUGAUACUAACCGCAGAUAGGUGGGUAGUCUCAGUUCUGCUUAUUUUGUUCUGCUAAAUUAUGCUUAUUUAAAGCAAAGUGCAUCUGGAUGGAUCUUGUAACAGGAUUCAUGUCAAAUUUUAUCCUAAAAUAUGUUUGAAAUCAUGUUUUAAAAAAAUAUUGUUGAUUCUUAAACAAGAGAAAGUCCUUUCUAGUGUUGUAGGUUUGUCACAGUUUUAGUCAGAAUUGUCCACAAUGUGAAAAAAGUGUGAAAAUUUACAUACUGCUGGAUUUUUCAUUUAAAACAGGACAUGCAUAAUCUGAGUGUGUGGUUGUUUCUGUAAAUGGCCACUAUCUACAUUUUUAGUGCAUGCAUUGUCUGAUGAGAUGAGAUAUGGAUACUGUUUAAAAUCAAACCUUUUUCAAAAUUCAAAGAUAUAAUGUCAGUUAAUGUCCCACAGGUCUUUGAUAACCCGUAUAGAGUUACAGAGCUUAGAGUUUUAGAGGUUUUAUGGACUGUUGCCCGUUAGGCACAAUAUCUUUGGUUUCUGAAGAAUGUGAGCAUGCUAAAUAGACCAAAAUCCAUAAAACAGCUGGAUUAACCUAAACCUACCCCUAACCAGAAAGACCCAGGUUAAUUUUUUUCAAUUAAAAAAUAUAGUAAUUAGAUUCAGAUAACUUUGUGUAUUAUAGUAUUUAGUUUUAUUUUAUUUAUUUCGUUUAUUCUAAACUGCAU